CCACUUUGUCUCUGCCCAUUGUUCGCUGCCAUCGCAAUUUUCUCGACAACAUAUCUACAAUGUCAGACCUUGCGACAGUGAAGGCAGAGAUCAAAGCAUGGGAACGAGAGUUUAAGUCAAAGCAUGGCCGGUCAGCGCAGGUCCAGGACAUCAAGGAGCAUCCGGAUAUUGAGACCAAGUACAAGCUAUAUAAGGCAUUAGGCAAGGCUUCCUCUGCCAAAGUAUCCUCCUAUACACCCACUACUCCAUCGAAGUCACAAAAACACGAACCGUCGCGUUUACUGCCCAAGGCCCGAGCCAGCGAAACCACGGCGCCUCUCUCUACCUUCAAUCCCUUCUCUCCGCAGAAGAAUAAGGGGAAACAGAAGGCGGUACUUCCGGUCAACAAUGAUUUUCGAUCAAAUCCGUUUGCUUCACCCUCCAAAGUUAAAUCUCGUGCACCCGUCCGAGAGGUGUCCCCGCUUCCCGCUGUCCCCUUCCAGCCGUUGAUAUUCCCUACGGAAAGCGCUAUACCAGAGCCAACGAGUGCUAUUGCCCGAGCGCGCAAACGCUUGCGUGGCGAACCAGUUUCUCCUUCUCCCAGUAAAGAGAAGCGCCGGCGCGUAGCUUCUGGGCAUAACAUUCCAAUUUCACGUACAGAAGAUUCGGCAUCUGAUGAAGACCACGCUCAUGUCGGAAACUUAUCAUUUGUCGACGAUUCCCCCAUUAAAGGCUCGAAUGGAUUCAAGUUGCUGUUCGACGACACGAAACAGCCUAAAUCGCUAUUUCCCCACUCAAGGACAGAUCAUUCUUCCUCAGAUGUCUUCUCAUCACUCGGCGACGGGAUGGACUGGAAAGGUCUGCAAAAUCCCAAGGUAAACCAUGACAGCAAAACCAACGGGAAGCCCUUUCCCAACUCUGCAGCUUCUUCCAAUGUCUAUCAAAAGCCUCGGGGACCCACCAAGAAGAGCACACAUGCGCCUGUCAACAUCGCUGCACCCAAACCCCGGAAACGUGUAUUAUCUGAUGCAGACGCAGCCGAGUCUUCAUCCUCCAACCGUGCUCCUUCCCUCAUUCCUCCUUCUCCACCGCCACCUGAUGCUUCAAAGAGGAGCCACGGGGUCUUCAAAGGCAAGGGAAAAGCAACCAGUAGCAAUGGACGGAAGAAGGCAAAGUUUACCACUACCACAUUAAAUUCCGACAACGACGAAGAGCCAAACGAAAAAAUUAGAGUUGUGCGUCGAACAUAUAGCUCACCUCGUAAAGAUACUUCGGGGCGGAACUCAGAUGCUGACGCAGACGAUACUUUUGAUGCCCCCUCCCACCCGCAGAUCGAGAACGUGGGUGAUGGACAGGACACUGGCAGAUUUGAUGUCGAUCUUCCCGACAGAUUUCUUCAUGUUUUGGCGUUUUCGCCAUAUGAAUUGCGCGCGCGCGACUAUCAGGAGGUCCGGGUUGUGGAGGGGCUGUUAUAUGGACGGAGAGCGGAUCAUUACGACCCGUCGAGAGGUGGCGAGAUUUGGGAUGUUGGGGAGGAUGAGCAUGGCGACAGACAGGUGGCUGUGGCAGAUGAAGGUGAGGACGAUUGGCAAGGUGAACCGGUGCCAUGGGAGCUUGGAGAAUUGUAGUGCAUUCUGUACCAUUUCUUUAUUCAGUUACUCGGAGGACUGUGUUGUAUUCAAAGAUACCCUCAAUCAACACGUUGCGCAGU